AUUUGAAAACCCGAGUUGGCAACACUGGCCGCACUGUGCCCAUGACUCGUGGGUGUAUGAUGUAUCAAUGUUGAGAAAUAUUGCAUCAUACUCACGGCUGUUGCCUCAUAUUGCUACACUGACACUGGACUAUGCCAAUGUCAUAACUAGGGCUGGUAUUAGGAGUGUCAGUAUCUACAAUAACGGUGUACCAGGAGCGAGUGUCUGGCAGCAGCACCUCACACCUCAUGUUGGGGUGACCAGCCGCUGUAGGGUUGUCACACGCCACCAUAGUUAUUAUAAGUCCAAAAACAAGAUAUACAAUAUUUUGAAGACUAUGCCGAAAAAGGUAGAUGUUAAAGGACUACAGGAGAUCCGUCUCGCACGUAGACAGAAGGUGCGGAAAUAUCCGCCUUCAACUGUGUAUCUACAAGUGCUUGGGUCUGGAGCUCCAGGUAGUCCGAGGUCUUUGUAUGUCUUCACAGAACAGGCCAGGUACCUAUUCAAUUGUGGUGAAGGUUCACAGAGGCUGGCCUAUGAGCACAAAGUAAAAUUGGGUAUGAUGGAGCAUAUCUUGAUCACUCAUAAGUCUUGGGAGAAUGUUGGUGGCCUGCCUGGUGUUCUACUAACCCUACAGGACACAGGAGUACCAGAGAUAUGCCUUCAUGGUCCUCCAGGAAUUGACUCCCUCUAUUACGACACCCGGCACUUCAUGCGAUUUAGAGAUCUCAACAUUGUGUAUAAACAUUAUGAAGACAGAAAUGGCAUCUUUGGGGAAGGGAAUGACCCACUCAUCAUCCAGAGUGUUCCUCUUUGGGCAAAACCAGAAGACUCUGAAGGUGCUAAUAAUUCUGAGGAGGUGGAUGCUGCUGAAGGAGCUCCAGAGGAAGUCGAGGACCUAUUUUCUAACGAGAAAUCUGGGAUGAAGAGACCCAACCGAGGUAAUGAUUACUAUAUGAAUCCAGCAGUAAAGCGGCAAAGACAAGAAGAGAGCACAAAGUGUAGGAAUUUGGCUGUGGCUUAUAUAUGCAGACCCCCACCCAAGGCUGGUGCACUAAGACUGGAGAAGUGUGUAAAGGCAGGUGUACCUGCAGGUCCACUCCUGGGAGAAUUAAAAAGAGGUCAAGAUGUUACUCUCCCCAAUGGUAAAGUUGUUCGAGCAGUAGAUGUCACAGCUCCUGAUGAUCCAGGCCCAGUUUUUAUUGGUAAGAUAUAAAUUUAUUCUUUUCAGAACUUAUUAUUAGACAAUACAGUCUUCUAAAUUUGCAGAUAUUUGUUAAUGUACCAACAGUAUAUUUAAAUAUUUUUAUUUUCUUUACGUAAUACUGUAUUUAGUUAUAAAAUUUUGGCAGGAUGGUCUUUACAGAAUUUCCUCCAGAUGUUUCACUCACUCUACCAGUACAUGUGUGCACAAUACCAGCCUUUUCUUAAGCACUCGUUUUCUAUGGUCUGUCUGCUCAUUUGGGUUUUAGUAAUCUCCUAUAUCCACUUCCAUCUUCUUCAAACAACUAGGAAUUUUAGUAACAUUAAUUCUAUGUACUUAUACCAUGGUACCUUUCCUUUUGUAUUUCCCUGAAUAGAAAAUUUGGAUAUUUAUUGGUGACAGUAUCUUUCUGUCAUCUUGUUCUCCUGUCUGUCUAUGGAUGAUCUUUUUUAUGGAAUUAGGAGGAAUGAUAAGAUUGACUUCAACAUCAAGUGAACAUAGCUAAACUUAACCUUCAAAAAAGGAAGAAAAAAUAGGGUGCUGCCCUUGUUGAUGGUUUAUGUGUGGAUGCAUCCACCACUCUUCCCAGGUGUGGAUGGGUAGCUAACUUAUAUGUAGUUGGAAAAAUGAAGAC